UCCUGAUGACAGCGCACACAGACACACAAACAGACCCACACAGAUACAGACGAGGACGGAGACGAAGACGAUGCUUCAGGUGGUCCUUGAACACACCGUCACCUAAACGAACAGUGUUACCACAGUGUGUUAAUUUGAUAUGAUGUCUGACAUGUGGGCGUUUCCCUCCUGUUCGUCACCUCCCAUCAUGCACCAGGUGGUCAGAAACCAUGGUAACCAUCAUCUCACCCAGGUUUCAUCCCCUCAGCUCCUCCCAUCCUGCCUUGCUCAGGGUCCUGGUCUGGAAAACGCAGACUGGACCCGGUCUCAGCUCCCCUCUCAGUUUCCCAGCAUGCCCAGCGGCUACACCUACUGCGACCAGAACCAGGACCUGGAUCACCUGGAUCUCCACCUGCAGACCCACACCCAGACCCAGACCCAGUUCGGUUGCGGUCUGAGCUGUGACCCCCUCCAGUCCGAGGUCUUCUCUUUUCCAGAUCCACAAUGUCUCCUGUCCACCGGUCCAGACGUAGACCCCUGGGGGGCCUUGGAGCCGGUUCAGACCCAGGGGCAGAGCUCUGGUCUGGGCUCGGUGUCGGGAGAAGUAGACCCAAUAAGGUGGAGGUCCACGGAGUUCAGCUCAGGACUGACCGACAACUUCUACAACCCUUUGUCAGAGUUCUACCCCAACAGUUACCAUGACGAUGGCGCCACCCAGCCCUUCUGCAGCCCGUCGACCCCAGGGCCCAGUCCACAUUACCCACAAGCCCCGUUCGUCUCCAGUCCCGGUCCUCGGAUCAGCCCCGCCUUCCACACACAAGACACGACCCUCCCCUUCCCCAUGACCUCCAACCCCGGCCGCCAUCGCCUGCCGCCGAUCCAGGACCGGGCGGGGCCGAGGUGGAGCGAUGGCGGAGGCGAAGCGGACUGGACGGGGAUCCGUGGUGGAAGCGCUGGAUCCGAAGCCGCCGACUGCAGGUUGUUGUGUUCGGUGUGUAACCGUGACUUCCACAGCCUCCCGGCGUUGAACGGUCACAUGCGAUCCCACGGCGGUUGUCGAUCCACGUCCAGGACCAACCAGAACCAGGACACGCCCCCACCUGUACCUGUGCCCACGCCUACGCCCAUGCCCACGCCCCUGCCUGCCCCCACCCCGGCCCCCGUCUCCGUGGUGAUGCCGGUCUCAGUGCCAGUUCGCUCCAAAAGGGGUGGCGGUUGCGUCCAGAGGAGGCGGAGUCGUGCAGCUUCAGUGGGCGGCGCUGUUCUGUACAGCAGCCUCAUGCGCUGUCUCAUCUCUGAGGAAGAAGGGGGCGGGCUGGACGGUACACUCCGCCCCCCAUGCUGAGCCCCCUGAGGGCAGGGCCAGGGCUGUACUGGUCUGUGAACGCCACCAAUAGGGGACAGCAGAGACCACCAAGACCACCAGCUCACAGAAAACAGAAGGACGAUUCCUCAAGGACGACGUCUUCUGAUGGAUCCAGUCACCCUGUCGCCAUGGAAACAGCUCCUCCUCCUUCAGGAACACUAAUGUCAGGAAUCAACACACC